CUGCAGUACGUGCGCGUGUGUUUGGGAGGGCCGGGUGCUCGCGACCGAACGUUCAACAGCCAUCCUCGAAGUACGACACACCCAGCACAAACCAUACGGUCUUUUCCUUCUUGUACGGUAUGCAGAACGGUGCAUACAAUCAGCGUCCUGGUCCGCCGACUAUUCCUCGGGAAGCACGGCCGGCUUCACCGGCGUUGAGCUCAUAUUCCCUUCGUUCGGAGGAUUCAAGGGGGGGUACCUCGAAUGUUGGUUCGAACGUAGGUAGUGGGGGAUUGCGACCGCCUGUUAGACCUGGAGACCUGGAGACUGCUCGUGUUUACCAUGCGGCACUCAAGCGAUACCUUGGCCCCGGCCUCAACAACGACCCGGCCUCCGACAGGCAACACAAAGCCCGCGAUAAGUUGCUGCGACUGAGCCGACAGCAAUUUCAGGAACUGAGCCAAGAUGUUUUCGAUGAACUCUCGCGACGACAGGGAGGUACUGUCGCACCGAGGUCCUUGCCCGAGAACGAAAAGUACCAUCCCAAGAGAAAUCAGGCACGGCAGAAGUUGAGUACGCUGCCACCGCCUAGGUUCAAGGAUUUGGGAACGGAUGUGUAUCACGAAUUGGUGAGGAGGUAUCCGGAGUUCGAAGGAGGUGUUGGUGCGCAGAGGGAGAGGUCGCCUGCAAGAGCCCCCGUUGUUAUGGGACCGCCGGAGGUGAGACCGCAGCCGAAGACUUUCCAGUCGAAUACUCUUAUUCCGAACAAAUCACAAAUGGUUGAGGAAAGUGAAGAUGAAGAAGAGUCGCAACCGGCCCAGUCAUACCCCGAAGAGCCUAAUCAACAUGAGUCUGUCUCCAGUGCAUCCUUGUACGGCGGUAUCUUGAGCGACAACGCAAGCAUCACAUCUGCCUCGAGAGCGCUGGCCAGCUCGCCAGCAAGUCAAGUUGUGCCCGCACGCCCUGCAGCACCUACUGACUACGAGGCCAACAUCGCAGGUUUGCAAGCUAGGGUUGCCGCAUUGGAGUCUGACUUGGCCCGGGCGAAUGAGGAGUUGAAGUCAGCACGAGAGUCAGCAGAUGUGGCCGAGCAAAGACGACGAGAAGCUGAAGGACAAGCAGGGCAGUGGACAAGAUUGGGCGAGGAGAAUGCCAAGCUGAAGGAGGAUUUGCGCGUUCAGCACGAGGUAACAGAGCAAGUACGACGGGAAGCGAUGCAGUUCUUGGAGGAGAUGAAGUCGUUGUCGUUACGCGAGUCGACCAACUUGAGUGAAACGGAUCAGUUGCGGGAGCAGCUCUCUACGCUCCAGGCGGAGGUGUCGCAUUGGAAAUCAAUGCACUCUCAGGCACGAGCACAGUUGAGGUCCUUGAGGGCCACUUCGGUGUUUGGAAGAGCACAGGUCGACCGGAGCAAUUUACAUGCUGAGAAUGGCGCCAUUGAUGAUGGGCAUUUCGGUAACUUCCAGGCCGCUGUGGAUGAUUUGCUUUCUUCUGCGCGUUCGUCGAACUUGCAGGGAGCGAUGAUGGACUCGAUGAAGGGACUGUUGUCUGCUACGAGGGCGAUCGAUGCUGACUUGGAUCAAGCGCCGAAUGGUGUGGCUCCUGAGGUGUUGCAGCGAGUGAUGAAGUUGAGGCAGAGGUUGAGUGCGACGUGCAGCAACCUUAUCACUGCUUGCAAGAACCAUAUCGCUGCAAGAGGUCUGUCGCCUAUCAGCCUGGUUGAUGCUGCGGCGAGCCAUCUGUCCGGAACUGUGGUGGAACUCGUCAACAUUGUCCGUCUCCGGCCGACGAGCAACGGUGAAGCAGUCCUCGAUGAUGGAGAUGAUACUGUCUCUGAAAGCGGUAGCAGUGCGGUGAGCAUGUCAGUUGUCGGUGAGCGUACCAAGGUCGUUCGCGAGUCCGCUGCGCUUCGCACGUUCCGGCGUCGCAGCUCCUCGCACUACAGUGUUGAUUCGCCGCCUCCGCUGACGGGACCCAUGCCUGCAAUUCCGAGCAAUCUCAUCCCGCACACUGCGUCGGCUUAUAGUAGUGAGAAUGAGAAUGAGCAGCAGCCGAGGAGAGUGCCUGUUAGAAUGAAUGAGAGGUGGAGCGCAAUCAGUGGUAGCUCGUACGGAGGCAAUCGAGAUGGCCGCGAUGAGCUUGAGGAGUUGAAGGGACAUCUCGAAACUCAGACAGAACGAAUCGUCGAGGACAUUCAGGCUUUGCUCUCAUCCAUUCGUGCAGACGCUGCACUGCCUGAACUCCGCAUGCACAUGCAUGACAUUGUGGAGACUGUCACAAACGUGGUCAGUCGCUCGCGUGCGUUGAGCCCGGCAUCAGUCACGUCCAUCUCAGUCAUUGUCAAUGAUCUCGAAGGAUGUGCUACUAAGGUCAACGAAAUGCGAAUGGAUACUGAAGCCGAAGGGGCUGUGGUUGACAAAGCUUAUAAGCAAAAGCUCGCUGGUGCAGCCUUUGAUACGGCCAAGUUGGUGAAGGCGCUUAUGAAGGCGGUGGAAGACAAUCGUCAGACAUCAUUACCGAUGGCGGCUGGAGAGGAUGAUAUCGUUGGAUUGGGAAUUACUAGACAAGAGGAUGAAGAUGCAUUGCGUUAGGUGAGCCGCAGCAACAGCAGAAGCAGGGACGUUUAACACUUAGAUGCUACCUUAUACACUCGCGUUCACGCCAGGGUCCCGACAACGCCCGAAUGGCGGUCGCAUGCAAACACCGGCGCUUGAACUUACCGAUUUCAGCCAGACUCCGAGGCCUCGAAGACCAAUGGAAGCUUAACGUAUCUGCGUUCCUUGCUCAAAGGUUGUUCUAGUCCUCAUUAAAUUUUCUUGAUGGCAGGGUUCGGUGCAUCGA